CUGGUAAAACUUUUAAGUCGCUAUUUAAAUCAGUCCAACUAAUCAUGGUUCGCCACCUCAGCAACAGCUUGUAUGAUCCGCCUCUUCCCUCCUGCUCCAUGACCUAUAUUUAAUUAAAUUCUGGAUUAGGUAGGUUCUGCGUUUAUUUUUCGUUUACGACUCCCUUGUAACCGAAUAAUAUGUUCUUAACUUUCUCAAUUUAACUAAUUAAACUAUUAACCGACUGCUUUAUUAUCAACUUUCUAAGAAGUUUCAACCCAAUUUUGCGGUAAGACACUGCAAUUUCCAUUCACAUUUGGCAUGCUCUGGGUCCUAAUAGAGGCUGCUUUCUCAAACUGCCCCUUCGAUCACCCUAGAACAAGAUCUUUACAUUGUAUACCAUUCCUAGUUCAAACUUCAAACUGGGUUUGGGCAUAUAAAUCCUGAACCAAAUAAAAAUAAUAACAAUCUUGAAUCAAAUAUAUAUGAGUGGUUCUUGUAUUUUUGGAAACGGAAAACCAGUAUCUAAUCAAGAACCAAAUAGAUAUACGAAUAUCUAAAUACAAUUAUAUAACUAUAAUUAUUAACUGUUUUAAUCCAAAAACUUAACUAUCACAAUUUUAAUCCAAAUGCUGUUUUAUUUGUUAAUUUUUUUGCAUUGAAACUUGAGAAGAACUUAUAUUAUGAAACAAGAAAAAACUUAUAAAACUAUUUAUUUACUGAAACAGAGAGAUAAAUAUAUAUAUAUAUAAAGUUCAUUUAGUCAUUAAAAUAUAUAUACAAGCAACCUCCUAAAUUCUCUCUCAACCUUUUGUAAUAAAUCCUAAAAUAAAUAAUCUAAUAUUGCUUUAAAUAACAAAAAAAUACAGAGAGGUUGUGGUUCCUAAAGUCCCUCCCCAUCAGCAAAAACCUAUUAUCGUUUCGAAAACUGAAGGCCAGCGAAAAUGAAUAAUACUUGCAAAAACAGAAAAAAAUACUAUUAAUGGCCAUUCAUAAACAAAAACUCCUAAACUUUCUUGCUAAAGAAGAAACCUAAAUCCUAAAAGAAUAGACAGAGGAAGGAGGAAGAAAAAAAAAAGAUCAUUUAGCAUUGUAACAUUGUAUUUCUCUUCCUGGUUGAGAACUUACUUCCUCUCCCCUUAAUUGCAACAAUGGGUAAUUGUUGCGCUCAUGGACGAGACGAACCCACGCAGGAAAAAGGACUCGGAGAUGGUGCAGAAGCCUCUGUGAAAGCAUCAAAACACUCACCAGCAUCUCCUCCUCCCGCAACCAAACAAGGCCCCAUAGGACCCGUCUUAGGCCGACCAAUGGAAGAUGUAAAAAGCUCAUAUUCGUUAGGGAAAGAGCUUGGUCGUGGACAGUUCGGUGUAACCUAUCUCUGCACGCAAAAAGCAACAGGACUACAAUUCGCAUGCAAGACCAUUGCCAAAAGGAAGCUGGUGAACAAGGAAGACAUCGAGGACGUAAGAAGAGAGGUGCAGAUAAUGCAUCACUUGACGGGUCAACCAAACAUCGUGGAGCUCAAAGGAGCCUACGAGGAUAAGCACAACGUGCAUUUGGUUAUGGAGCUUUGUGCUGGAGGAGAGUUGUUUGAUAGGAUUAUAGCCAAAGGGCAUUACUCUGAGAGAGCCGCGGCUUCGUUGCUAAGGACCAUUGUGCAGAUCAUCCAUACUUGUCAUUCAAUGGGGGUUAUCCACAGAGACUUGAAGCCUGAGAACUUCUUGUUGCUUAACAAAGAAGAGAACUCUCCUCUCAAGGCAACGGACUUUGGGCUUUCCGUGUUCUACAAGCCAGGAGAGGAGUUUAAAGAUAUUGUUGGAAGUGCUUAUUACAUUGCACCUGAGGUUUUGAAGAGGAAGUAUGGACCAGAGGCUGAUAUUUGGAGCAUUGGUGUCAUGUUGUAUAUCCUCCUUUGUGGUGUUCCACCUUUCUGGGCUGAGUCGGAGAAUGGGAUCUUCAAUGCAAUUCUAAGUGGACAGAUUGAUUUUGCAAGUGAUCCAUGGCCAGCUAUUUCACACCAGGCUAAGGAUCUUGUUAGGAAGAUGCUUAACUCUGAUCCUAAACAAAGAUUAACCGCUGCUCAAGUUCUCAACCAUCCAUGGAUUAAGGAGGAUGGAGAAGCUCCAGAUGUUCCUCUUGACAAUGCUGUGAUGUCAAGGCUCAAGCAAUUCAAAGCAAUGAACAACUUUAAGAAAGUUGCUUUAAGGGUGAUAGCUGGGUGCUUAUCAGAAGAAGAAAUCAUGGGCUUGAAGGAGAUGUUCAAAGGUAUGGACACUGAUGACAGCGGAACAAUAACUCUUGAGGAACUAAGACAAGGACUUGCCAAGCAAGGUACAAGGUUAUCUGAAUACGAAGUCCAACAGUUAAUGGAAGCUGCUGAUGCUGACGGCAACGGAACAAUAGACUAUGGAGAGUUCAUAGCGGCAACAAUGCACAUUAACAGACUUGACAGAGAAGAGCAUCUCUUCUCAGCCUUCCAACACUUUGACAAAGACAAUAGUGGAUAUAUCACAAUGGAAGAGCUGGAGCAAGCCCUGAGGGAGUUUGGCAUGAGUGAUGGCAGAGACAUUAAGGAAAUCAUUUCUGAAGUUGAUGGAGACAAUGAUGGGAGGAUAAACUAUGAGGAGUUUGUGGCAAUGAUGAGAAAGGGGAACCCUGAUCCUAACCCUAAGAAGCGGCGUGAACUGUCUUUUGAUACAACUUGAAGCAGAGGCACAUAAAAGAGAAUCAAGAAGAAGAAGAAAAGUUGUUAUUGUAAAGUAGGCUUGGGUUGCUCAUGAUUCAACUGGAGAAGAGAGAGAUGUAUGGGAGGUGUUUCAUGAUCGUAAAUAUAUGUAUAUGCUUGUCUACUAAUGAUUUAAAAGUUUCAGAUGUUUCUCAAAUGUAUCAAAAUCCAUUUUUCAAUUCAAAUAUGUGCAUUAGUGAUGUUUGUAUAAUCACAUCUGAGCAAAACAUACAAACAUGGAUAGCAUUCAUAGUAGAUGCCUCUUAAGUCUCUCUGGAGACCUUUUUUCAAAGCAAGUAGAGAAAGGUAAGAACAUUAUAGGUUCCAGAAAGUUGGUACAUUUCAUGAUACUAGAUCCUGAUUGCAGAUUACAGAAAAAAAAGAUCCGGUACAGGCAAAACAAUCAAACAAAGAGCAGUGACUUGUACAAUGGAUACAAUAAACAUCUCAAAGAGUCCACCAUUCUCUAUUCUUCUCUUCGUGAUCAUUUGGACAAUUAUGAUGCGAGGGGUGAGGUACGAUGCCACGAUAAACGUCCUAGUAUGGCACUUGCAUGAACCG